UGUGUGUCUCCAGACUUGUCCCGUAACCGUCUCUCUGAACUUCCUCUGGACGUCUGUGUCUUGGUGUCUCUGGAGAGUCUGAACCUUUAUCAGAACUGUCUGAGGUCUCUACCUGAGAGUCUACUCAACCUGCAGGCCCUCACCUACCUGAACCUCAGUCGUAACCAGCUGUCUGUCCUCCCUGUGGUGGUCUGUACUCUUCCUCUGAAGGUUCUGAUCGCCUGUAACAAUAAACUGGUUUCUCUUCCUGAAGAAGUGGGUCAGCUGAGACACCUCACGGAGCUGGACGUGAGCUGUAAUGAGAUCCAGACUCUACCGUGUCAGUUGGGUCAGCUGGAGGCUCUACGAGACCUGAACAUCAGGAGGAACCACCUGGUGCAGUUGCCUCCAGAGCUGGCAGACCUCCCUCUCGUCCGUCUGGACUUCUCCUGUAACAAAGUGACCUCCAUCCCCGUUUGUUACCGACGGCUCUCUCAGCUACAGACCAUCGUCCUCGACAACAACCCUCUGCAGACCCCACCUGCACAGAUCUGUAUUAAAGGGAAGGUCCACAUAUUUAAGUAUCUGAACCUGGAGGCCAGUAAGACGACCCCUGACCUCCCAGACUACGACAGACGACCUCUGACCUUCAGCUCCUGUGUUGAUGAGCUGUACCCCGGACGUCCAUACGGAGCGCUGGACUCUGGCUUCAACAGCGUCGACAGCGGAGACAAGAGAUGGUCGGGGAACGAGCCUACAGAGGAGCUUUCAGAGCUGCCGCUCAGAGUGGCCGAGAUCAGCAGAGACCAUAGACACCGAGGAGGAGGAGGAGGAGGAGGAGGAGCUCUGCUAGCUAACGGCACACAUAUGGAGUUGGAGCAGAUCGACUUCAUAGACAGCUGUGUGGUGGAGGAAGAGGGGGAGGAGGGAAGGAGUCGAGUAGGACGAGGAGUAGGAAGCAGGGACAGCAUCAGCCUGAGCUCUCAGUUCAUGGCCUACAUCGAGAGACGCAUCACCAGAGAGGGUUCUCCGGUGAAAACCAACUCGAGGACAGAAGACACGAGGAAACACAACAGGAGUGUGGUUGAUAGUGUCACGGCGCCUUCUAGUGCCCAGAGCCAGAGAGGAGGUGGUGUUGUAGCUACAGGGGGGGUGGAGAAGAUGAGGAGGGAGGCUCAGCUCGCUGCUUUGAGGUACGACGAGGAGAGACACAAGAACCGAUCUCUGCAAAGAGACUCCGUCACCAUCAACACUAAGCAUAAAACAGCUCAAAGUCCAACAAAGUCCAGUCCAGACAGUGAGAAUGUCUACCCCUCCAGACGCUCCACCCACACAGAUGACUCCGCCCUCUUCAUGUCUUUGACUGGAUUGUCUGUAGACAGCUGUCAUUCUCACGCUUCUGAUAGCUCCACCUCCUGUCUGCUGCAGGGGGAGGACAGAGCUGCUCUGUCUCCAACAGCCAAUCAGUCGCCUUCGUACCCCAGCUUAGGGGGCGUGGCCUCCUGUCGGACAGCCGGUCUGAGACCAGAGAGCUUCCUGUUUCGUCUCGGCCAGAAAGAAGAGAAGAGGAGAGGUGAGGUGUUCAGGUGCAGCCAGUGAGAGGAGGCGAAUGAUCGAGGGAUUGUCUCCACACGGUUCUCAAUAUGGCCGAGCCGGCAGCUAACUGUUUACCUGACGGGGAACCGGAGGGUCAGGACCUCACUAAUUAAGACCUGUAGUGUGUCUGGUAGCAGAAGUGGGACAAAGGGACACAAGGUAGUACAAGUAUGACAAAGGAACAAACGCAUAAUACAAGUAGGACAAAGGAACAAACACAGUACCAGUAGGACAAAGGUACAAACACAUAGUACAAG